AUGGCGCAAGAGCAAGCUAGUGAAAACGCUGGAAGCGUAGCAAGACCGAGGAGAGCUCGCACCUCCUUCACGUCUUUCCAGCUGAACAAGCUGGAGGAGACGUUCAAGAAGGUGCAAUUCAUCUCAAGACCGGCGAGGUACAACCUCUCGCUGGAACUGAAUCUGCAGGAGAAGAAGAUCAAAAUUUGGUUUCAAAAUCGCAGAAUUAAGGAGAAUAUUAAAGUUGCUGCGAAUAUGGCAACGGCCAUGAACUCUCCGUCGAUUUUGGAACAAAACAACCAUCAACAGUCAUCAACUACAUGGUACAAUUCAAACUCUUCGCUGACGAUGGAUCAAGAUCUUGGAUACGCAAGCAACGUACAAUCUUCAGCAUCAAAUUCUCCAAAUCAACAAAUUCCUUUUCAAAACAUCAAUUUUCCAGGACCGUCGUCAUCCUUAAUUCCAUUAUCGACUUAUCAAUCCCCAGUUAAUCCAAUCUCACCAUCGACUUGCCAUUCAAAUUCGCCGCCGCUGAAUCUGUCUGCGUAUGAAUUCAACAUCAAUACUUCCAGCGAAGAGCAGGAAUACGACUACUCCGACCUUUUGGAAAUUAUUAAAGAUAUAUAA